AUGGCAGAUCCUUCCGAAGACUUUGAGAAACUACCAAGACCCGUCCAGCACUGUAGUUCCGAUUCGUCGAAUUCCGACGAUGAAGGUGAGCAAAUCGAGCAUGUGCUCAAGGACGGAGCACCCGAGGAAGCGCUGACUCCAGAGUCCGAACGAAUAGUCGUUCUCGGCCACGACGUGGUGAGGUCGGCGCCCGCGAGUCUUGUCCCGAACGCCAAUCCUUCCUGGAUCAAUCGCAUCAAAUCGUGAGUUUCUCUCUCGAAUUUCUUCUUCAAUAUUAAACGGCUUCUUCAGAGCCGGCGCUUCCGUUAUAGAGAGCAUUCGUCCGUCCAGCUCCGGACAGGACGUGCGCCAGGCGGAAGGAUACGAGAAGCAUCCGAAGAGAAAGUGGAAAGCGAAGUUGUGGUCGACCUGGAACAACAUCAAGUACUCGAGCACUUGGAUGUCGGAUCGGAGUGACGAGUACGGCGGAGACGAGGACGUAGUGUUCCUCGGAAGAAAGUAUUCCACCAGCAAAGACGGUCAGUCCCCUCCCAUCUCUGUCAUUUCCAUUUGUUUACCCUUCUGUUUGUAAUCACCCCUCCUGGCACGGUCUGACUGACUCACUAGUGUGCCAAUGAAAGUGAAUGAUGGGAAAGAAAGAGUGCUUUUCAUUUGCAGACAGUGGCGCAAGUCGAGGAUUUGAGGAGUUCUGUUCGGAUUACUACUCGAAAAUAUGGAUCACCUACCGAACGGACUUUGCGCCGCUUCUUGGCACUGAUGUGAGUCACGUCACGAACUCCGCUUCAUCGGAAUCCUCAGUUCAUUUUUAGACGACGACCGACUGUGGAUGGGGCUGCAUGAUUCGGACGACGCAGAUGAUGACGGCUCACGCGAUAAUGCUGAAUCGGUUCGGAAGAGACUGGCGAUUCGUGAGACGGAAAAAGUCCCACGUGGCAAUGGAACAUGGCGAAGAGACGGAGUUUGAUAGGGAAAAACUGCUGGAACUGAUGAUUCUGAAGCUGUUUGAAGACAAGGAAUCCGCGCCGUUGGGCAUCCACCGGAUGGUCGGUAUCGCGUCGAGUGAGAAGGGAAAAAAAGCGGUUGGCUGUUGGUACAGCCCCUCGGAAGCCGUGUUCAUAAUGAAGUGAGUCUAACUGCGGCUGAUCUAUUUCAGAAUUUCAGAACUGAUUGUUCAUGUUCAGAAAAGCGCUCUCCGAGUCGAUAUCGCCGUUCACUGGCGACACGGCGAUGUACCUUUCGAUCGACGGUCGAGUUCACAUCCGCGACGUGGAAGUUGAGACAAAGAACUGGAUGAAAACGCUCAUUCUCGUGAUCGUGGUCAGGCUGGGAGCCGCCGUGCUGAAUCCGAUAUACGUGCCUCAUCUGAUGCGUCUCUUCUCGAUGGAAACGUGUUUGGGAGUGACCGGCGGACGGCCGGACCACUCUUCCUGGUUCGUCGGAUAUUAUGGAGAUGUGAGAGAUGAGAGUCGAUUGAGCAACUGUGUUAUAAUAAUUCCAGCAAAUCAUCUACCUGGAUCCGCACGUCGCCCACGAAUACAUUCCGAUCGACACGAAUCCGAGUGAUCCCAUACCAGCGGGAAAGGUGAGCAACAUUAUAGUCUGGAUAUUCGGAUUAUUGUACUGUUUUCAGAAAGCGAAAAAGUGUCCGGAACGGAGCUACCACUGCCGUCUUCUCUCCAAAAUGCACUUCCUCGACAUGGAUCCCUCGUGCGCGCUCUGCUUCCGAUUCGAGUCGCGCGAGCAGUUCGACAAAGACAUGCGGGCUCUCAACUUGGUCAGCUACAGUACCCCCCCCCCUUUUUUUGUAGUUAUUUGUUUAUUUUCCAGUCGCAAUUUAUCGACAUCGACCAGGGCGAAGAGCACGGAAUGAAACGGGUGCGAGACCCCCUGUUCAGUGUGGUUUACGGAGAGAGACGCAGCGAUCCGCACUAUGAACAGACGGCCACUGAGGCGGAAAAGGCUCAGGCCGAUCGGCACGGAUUCGAGAUGCUGUAG